UCCGGCUCAUGCCUCACUGUAGUCUCGAAGCCGCCACUAACCGGCCAGGUUCCGGGAGGCGCUGUUCAGGAUGCAGCCACCCCCGCCCGCCUGUCCCCUCCCCCACGCCCGCGGCGGCGGCGGCGGCGGCAGGAGCCCGGAUGCGGCGCCGUGAGAUAGGCCCGGGAGAACGGCGCGGAUGGAUCCAACAUGGCGGCGCCGAGCCUGAGCCGAGAGAGGAGACCUGGGAAAUUAAGUCUCUUGCACAGUACAGUGGAUAUUGCAGCUGCUGAGCAAGGAUUCUGGAAAUUAUUGCGUACCUGAGCCCCCAGCAUGGCGGGCCUAAAGCGGCGGGCAAGCCAGGUGUGGCCAGAAGAGCAUGGUGAGCAGGAGCAUGGGCUGUAUAGCCUGCACCGCAUGUUUGACAUCGUGGGCACCCACCUGACGCACAGAGAUGUGCGCGUGCUUUCCUUCCUCUUUGUUGAUGUCAUUGAUGACCACGAGCGUGGACUCAUCCGAAAUGGACGUGACUUCUUAUUGGCACUGGAGCGCCAGGGCCGCUGUGAUGAGAGCAACUUUCGCCAAGUGCUGCAGCUGCUGCGCAUCAUCACUCGCCAUGACCUGCUGCCCUAUGUCACCCUCAAGAGGAGACGAGCUGUGUGCCCUGAUCUCGUAGACAAGUAUCUGGAGGAGACAUCUAUUCGCUAUGUGACCCCCCGAGCCCUCAGUGAUCCAGAACCGAGGCCUCCCCAACCCCCUAAAACAGUGCCUCCCCACUAUCCUGUGGUGUGCUGUCCCACUUCGGGUCCUCAGAUGUGUAGCAAGCGGCCAGCCCGAGGGAGAGCCACGCUUGGGAGCCAGCGAAAACGCCGGAAGUCAGUGACACCAGAUCCCAAGGAAAAGCAGACAUGUGACAUCAGAUUGCGGGUUCGGGCUGAAUACUGCCAGCAUGAGACUGCUCUGCAGGGCAACGUCUUCUCUAACAAGCAGGACCCACUUGAGCGCCAGUUUGAGCGCUUUAACCAGGCCAACACCAUCCUCAAGUCCCGGGACCUGGGCUCCAUCAUCUGUGACAUCAAGUUUUCUGAGCUCACCUACCUCGACGCAUUCUGGCGCGACUACAUCAAUGGCUCAUUACUAGAGGCACUUAAAGGUGUUUUCAUCACAGACUCCCUCAAGCAAGCUGUGGGCCACGAGGCCAUCAAGCUGCUGGUGAACGUGGACGAGGAGGACUAUGAGCUGGGCCGACAGAAACUCCUGAGGAACUUGAUGCUUCAAGCAUUGCCCUGACCUUUUCCCCCUUCUCUGGGGACAGUUCCCACCACCCACCUCUGGAGCUUACAUACUGUUCUGGGGUUUGUUCUCUACCUUUCCAACCAAUCACACCCCUGCCUUUUUUUUUUUUUUUUUUAAAAAGGAAAAGACAAAGGAAAGUGGAAGUGGUGUUCCCCCCCACCCCCCGCCCCGCACCCAUGUGCCUGGGCUUCCCUUUGUUUCCCUUUUCCACUUACCCCCUAAUGUGUGUCUCUACAGACACCUUACCACUGAGCCGAAAGACAAAUGUGUAGGGAGACGCAGAGUCUAUAGAACAUAGUCUUUCUAAGAGAUUGAAGUGAACACUGCUUUGGGGUGCAUUGAGGGGGUUAUUAAUACUUUUGGCUUUAUGAGGGCUCUUAAAUUUGUCUGAAAAACCAAAGGGCUGUGAGUAAGGGAGCUAUGUGGAAGGUGGGACUCCGAAGUGUAUUUUGGAAAUUAAUCACUACCCUCUUCCAAAUUACAGAAUUUUUAAAAAACAA